AAGGGAGGGAACGUCGAAGAUGCGGGCAAACAAGAGGACGUGAAUGACCUUAUCGAAGUAAUGGAGGACGCAGAAAUGGAUGGCGUGGAAGAUGCCAUUAACUUGGAUGAUGAUGAAUUGAUAGUGAUGGAUGCAGAUGAAUUUAUAGAAAAGGCGGAGAAGGAGUUGAAAGAACAGGGCAACAAUAUGGGAGAUGACCAAGACAGUGUGGACGACCCAGUUGAAGACGCUGCACUUUUAGGCGACGAAUGUGAGAUUAAGCGUGACUCGAUUUGUUCCUUUGAAGGACACACAGACUCCGUGCUCUGUGUCGCUUUCAACCCGAUGCAUCCUCUCCAGCUCGCUACCGGAGGCCAGGACGAGCAAGCCUUUUUGCUCCAACUUUCUGAUAAAGAAACGCCUUCGGUCUCCUCUUGUCACCUCACCGGCCAUCAAGACAGCGUUUGCAGUAUCGCGUUCAGCUAUACAGGUGAGUAUCUCGCGACUGCGGAUAUGAACGGCGUCAUCAAAGUGUGGAAGAGCAGCAACGGACAGCUCUUGAAGACGCUCCAGGGACCGGAAGAUUUGGAAUGGAUUCGCUGGCACUCGAAGAGCAACGUCCUGCUCGCUUCGGGCAAUGACUACACGAUCUGGAGUUGGAGCCUGCCCAAAGGAUUCGCGUUGCCUCUGCUCUGCGGCCACACGGACUCGGUAACGUGCGCGGUGACCAAUCCUUCCGGACAGCUGCUGCUCACCGGCUCGAUGGACAACACGCUGAAGGUUUGGAAGCUGAAGUCGCACGAAUUGGCCUACACGUUCAAGGAAGGCGAGUAUGCUUUCGAACCAGGAGGGGGAUCAUGGAAUAGACAUCGCUUCCACGAAGGCGGAAUCGUGUCGGCCGACGUGCAUCCCAAAGUAGGGUCGGAUGGCGCGUGUCAUGUCCAGACCACGCUCUGCGUUACGGGCGCGCGCGACGGCUCGGUCAAGCUGGAGAACGUGAAGACGCACCGCGUAGCGAGCAGGGAAAGCGAUUGAGUGUAGGUGCUGGGAGGAUACGAGCACAAGAGCGAGAAUCCGGAAGAAAACUGCUCGGUGGAAGUGUAGCGAUCGUUGUCGUGGGUUCGUGUGUAGCGUGCGGUUCAAUCCCGAGUUUAAUUGGGUGGCCUCGGCGAGCAUGUGCGGCACUGUGAUCAUUUAUGACUACGAUUCGAAUCGAAUUCGACAGGAGAUCAAGCACAACGGAGGCGUGAUUCGAAUGGUGUGGCAUCCCAACAACGUCGUGCUUGUCACAGGGUGUUUGGAUGGGUGCGUGUAUGUCUGGGACGCCCGCACAGGACGCAAUUUAUAUAAACUGUCCGGACACACCGAUAUCCUGCUAGACAUGGACAUUUUCGUGCAAGAUAAAAUGCUGUACAUCGCGUCUGUGAGCGAUGACAAGACCUGCCAGCUAUUUCGAGUGCGAGUGUAAA